AUGGCCAAAGUGCUGCAGCAAACCAGAUUGAUCAUUUGGGAUGAAUGUACAAUGGCCCACAAAAAAUCUUUGGAGGCAUUAGAUCGCUCGAUGCAAGAUUUACGAAAUAACAAAAAACGAUUUGGUAGUGCAAUGAUACUAUUGGCAGGUGAUUUUCGACAAAUUUUGCCAGUUGUUCCACGCUCAACGCCAGCUGAUGAACUGAAUGCAUGUUUGAAGUCAUCCAUUUUAUGGAAAUACAUUAAAACACUUAAAUUGAGUAUAAACAUGAGAGUCGAGUUGCAGGAAGACGAGUCUGGAGAAGUGUUUUCCAAACAACUGCUCGAUAUUGGUAAUGGUAUUAUUGCUGUUGAUACAUCAUCUGGAUACAUUACAUUCCCUACCAAUUUUUGUAAAUUUUGUGAAUCAAAGACCGAACUCAUGGAGAUGGUUUUCCCAAACAUUGCUCAAAAUUUCGUAAAUCACGUUUGGUUAAGCGUACGUGUUAUAUUGGCCGCAAAAAAUGUUGAUGUGAAUGAAAUGAAUUUUCAGAUUCAAGAGAAAAUAGCUGGCGAAUUUGAGAAUUACAUAUCACUUGAUUCCAUUACUGAAGAUGAAGUUGUCAAUUAUCCAACAGAAUUGUUAAAUUCGCCGGCUUACCACCUCAUAAUCUACAAUUAA